CAAAUGCCUGCAGAAAGCCUGCAACCAGGACUGGAACAUAACUUGUGAGGUCCCAUCUGCUGGGCUGUUCAUACUCACGGGAAUGUUAAGCAAUCCCUCUUUUUUGGGAUGCUCGGGUGCAUAUCUGCUGGGAGGCCCACCAAUGGAACUCAGCUGAGCUCCAACACCAGCACACCUGCUCUCAACAGAGUUCUCUCCAGCAGUGACUACAGCAGCCUGGUCUGGCCUUGCUUGCUUAGGUCACCUUAUUCUUCUGUGUGGCAUUACGCCGCUCCCUAGUUGGGAGGGGAACGGGGAGCGUCUCUACCUGGCCUGUUGCCGUACCUUGGCUGAGCUGUAAAAGCAGGGCUGAUCCCUCCCUCCCUUCCUCCCAUAGCCUGGCACUGCAUGAAGGGAGGAGGAGCUGCUGGGACUGGGAGAAGAGAGCUUUCUCCAGGAAAAGCAGCCCUUUGCAAAGCAGAGCUCUUGAGAGAGAGAGAGAGAGAAUGCAUGGGCAGCUUGUGCACAGGCUGCAUGAACAGGCUGCACAUGUGCCCAGAUUGGCCAGGAGUGCAGCACUCUUCCAGGUGUGCAGUGCACAAGGCCUAGAACAGCAACGGGGACAUAUUUACAGGUUGAAACUUUCCACAUUGCCAAUGGCUCUGCUUCUCCAUUUGCUUCUUUGGGUCCGAGUAGUUGAUGCUCAGGGCACAGAAUCGCCUGACCUGUUGUGCCAUGGCUGCUCAGAGGGGAGUUGCUACCCAGCCACAGGGAAUCUGCUCAUUGGGAGGACCCAGAGUUUGAGUGCUACAUCAACGUGUGGCCUGGAGGGGCCUCAGGAGUACUGCAUUGUCAGCCAUUUGCAGGACUCUGAGAAAUGCUUCAUCUGUAACUCACACUCACCGUCCCUACGUGAGAGCCACCGCAUUGAGAAUGUCAUCUACCUGAGUGGUCAGGAUGGUGAGCAGACCUGGUGGCAGUCUGAGAAUGGUGUAGAACAGGUUAGCAUUCGCUUGGAUCUGGAAGCCGAGUUCCACUUUACUCAUCUCAUAAUGAAGUUUAAGACAUUCCGCCCAGCGGCCAUGUUGAUUGAACGUUCAGCAGAUUUUGGGCACAGCUGGAAGGUUUAUCGCUACUUUGCCUUCAACUGCUCCAAGCUCUUCCCUAGUGUCCUCACGCAAGUCCCAGUGCAUGUCAACCAGGCAAUAUGUGAGCAGCGAUACUCUGAGAUUGAGCCCUCCAGCCAUGGCGAGGUGAUUUUCAAAGUGCUGGACCCAGCUGUGAAAGUAGAGGACCCAUACAGCCAGGAAAUCCAAGACCUGUUACGUGUCACCAAUCUGCGGGUGAACUUCACAAAGCUGCACACCCUUGGCGACAACCUGCUGGACUCUCGACAUCAAGUGCUGCAGAAAUACUAUUAUGCUGUGUACGAGAUGGUCCUGCGUGGGAGCUGUUUCUGCUAUGGGCAUGCUUCGGAGUGUGCCCCCCUGGCUGGAGUGCCGAGCAGAGUUGAGGGCAUGAUCCAUGGGCGAUGUGUGUGCAAGCACCACACCAAGGGCCUCAACUGUGAGCUCUGCAAGGACUUCUUCCAGGAGUUGCCAUGGAGACCAGCUGAGGCCCACAAUCCACAUGCCUGCAAAGAAUGCAACUGCAAUGAGCACUCGCACAGGUGCCACUUCGAUAUGGCCGUGUACCUGGCCACGGGCAACAGCAGUGGUGGGGUCUGUGAUGAGUGUCAACAUAAUACCAUGGGCCACCACUGCCAGCUCUGUAAGCCCUUCUACUACCGCAACCCAAUGGCUGACAUCCGUGCAAGCACUGCAUGCAUCCCAUGUGACUGUGACCCAGUGGGGUCCUUGGAAGGUGGUGUGUGUGACAGUCAUACAGAUGCGAUGCUGGGCAUGAUCGCUGGACAGUGCCGCUGCAAAGAGAAUGUCAAAGGCAUGCGUUGUGACAGCUGCAGAGAGGCCUUUUAUGGACUGAGCCGCAAUGACCCUCUUGGGUGCCAGCCCUGCAGGUGUGACCCCCGUGGGAUCAUCAUAGGUAGCAGCCCCUGCGAUCACAUCAGUGGUGAUUGCUACUGCAAGCGCUUUGUUACGGGGCGAUAUUGCAACCAGUGUUUGCCUGAAUAUUGGGGGUUGAGCUAUGACAUAGCUGGCUGCAGAAGCUGUGCUUGCAAUUUUGGAGGUGCCUAUAACAACAGGUGCUCUAUAGAUGAUGGGCAGUGUCUCUGUCGGCCCCACCUCAUUGGGCGUCAGUGUGAUGAAGUGCAGCCUGGUUUUUUCUGUAUGCCCCUGGACUACUAUAUGCAUGAAGCAGAGCAUGCUACAGGUCUUGCACCAACCCACCAGGGUCUGCCAGGUUCCUUGAGGUCUGAGGCCCCUGUGGACUGUGUGGAAUAUUACAAUGGGGUCCAGAAUGGGCGCAAAGUGAGGCUGCGACGACAACACAGCACAAUAAGACUCUUGCAGCAGCGAGCAGCACUCCGAAGAGCCAGGCAACUUCAGCAGAAGCCUGAUGUGGAAGUCGUGCAGCGCGAGCAUACAGGACACAUGAUUACAUGGACUGGCCCAGGCUUUGCCCGAGUGCGGGAUGGGGCUGGUUUAUCCUUCCACAUUGACAACAUUCCCUACCCCAUGGAAUAUGACAUCUUGUUGCGCUAUGAACCUGAGUCCACAGAGGAUUGGGAAGCUGUCGUCAGUGUCAGCUCCCAGGCUUUGCCCAUGAGCCCACGGUGUGGCAAUGUGCUACCCUCAGAGCAGAUGUACCACGAGAGCCUGCCACAUAGUUCCAGGUAUGUGCUCCUGCCACGGCCUUUCUGUUUUGAGCCCAGAAACCAUUAUGAGAUCACUGUGCGGUUCCAGCGGGCAGGCGUGGCACAACGUCAUCCCGCAGCCUUCAUCCUCGUGGACUCGCUGGUUCUUUUGCCCCGUGUGACAGAACUGCCUGGAUUCCAUGGUAGCGAUCCAGCAGCAGUGGAGCGUCGGGAAGCACUGGAGCGCUACACGUGCCUGGAGGCAUUCCGCAUGGCCACCAUGCCUGACCUAGCUGAGACCUGUGCUUGCCUCCUGUGCAGCAUCUCUGCCCUGAUGCAUGAUGGGGCUCUGGCCUGCCAGUGUGAUCCACAGGGCUCUACCAGCAGCGUUUGCCACAAACUGGGAGGUCAGUGUCAGUGUAAACCCAACGUGAUGGGUCGGCGCUGUGACCAGUGUGUUCCAGGCACCUAUGGAUUUGGACCAUAUGGCUGCAGCCCCUGUGCCUGUUCCCCUGAGGGCUCUGUCUCCAAGAUCUGCGAGCCAGUAAGUGGACAGUGCCGGUGCCAACAUGGUGCUGUGGGACGCCAGUGUGAUCAGUGCCCACCAGGCCAGUGGGGCUUCCCAAACUGCCGGCCUUGUCACUGCAACGGGCAUGCAGACGAAUGUGACUUGCACACUGGAGCUUGCCACCAGUGCCGUGAUUACACAGCUGGCCGCCAUUGUGAGAGAUGCUUGGAUGGUUACUAUGGAGACCCAGUCUUGGGCUCAGGGCAACAGUGCCGUCCCUGCCCUUGCCCUGGAUAUCCAGGGUCUCGGCACUAUCAUGGCAUCUCCUGUCAUAUGGAUAGGGAAACGAAUCAGAUUGUUUGCCUGUGUGCUCCAGGCUAUACAGGACCACGUUGUGACCGUUGUUCACCUGGUUAUUUUGGAGCACCUGAGCAGGAGGGUGGAGCCUGCCGCCCCUGUCAGUGCAACAACAACAUUGACACCAGUGACCCUGAGGCCUGUGAUCCACACAGUGGUCAAUGCCUACGCUGCCUUUACCACACUGGUGGACCUCACUGUUCUGAAUGCCAGCCUGGUUACUAUGGCAAUGCCUUCCAGCGUAGCUGUCGACGCUGUACCUGUAACGAACAGGGCACGCUACCCUCUCACUGCUCUGAAGGCAUCUGCCACUGUGAUCGAACUACAGGCAAUUGCCCCUGCCGUGCCAAUGUGGUAGAUAAGAACUGCGACAGAUGUGCCCCAAACUUCUGGGGCUUUGGUAGUGAUGUGGGGUGUCAGCCAUGCAACUGUGAUCCCGCCUAUUCAGUGAGGUCAGACUGCAACAUGUUCACAGGGCAGUGCCACUGCCAGCCAGGCUUUGGGGGACGUGUUUGCUCCCACUGUCAAGAAGAUCACUGGGGUGACCCAGAACAGGAAUGUCUAGCUUGUGAGUGUGACCCAACAGGGUCUGAGAGCCUGCAGUGUGACAGUCUCACCGGACAGUGUCCGUGCCGAGGUGGCUUCAUGGGGCAACACUGUGACCAAUGCCAGCGUGGCUUCCAGCAGAACUUUCCCCGUUGCUCCCCCUGCCAUCCUUGCUUUGGCCAGUGGGAUGUGGUUCUGGGACAGCUUUGGGGACAGCUGCAGCGGCUGCAGGACACAGUGCAGGCCCUGAAGGAAGGUGGGCCCAUACCUGAGGCCAGCAACAGUCGCAUGCGCAACCUGGAGAACAGCCUAGGUCAGGUGGAGCAGCUUCUUGGGGAAGGGAGUAGUCCAAGCAGCCCCCUAUUGCACCAGCUCAGUGUCCUUCUUGCAAAUACUAGGUCAGAUAUGGAUGAGCUAUGGCAACAGCUGCAGGCUGCAGAUUCACACCUGGAUGGGACUGAGAAGGAAACUGCAGGGCAGAGGGGCCGUCUGAAUGUCCUGAGCCGAGAGCUGGGGGAGCUUAAUCACACCGUCAGCUACCUCAGUAGCCAGCUGGGGAGGAUGGCAAACACGAGCUUCAAUGAGUCUUUCCGUAGCAUCUUGGGAUCCUUCCAGCAGUCAGAACAGGCCCAGCAGCAAGCAAAUGCCUCGGUUCAAGGGCCACAGAGCCCAGUGGGCCAAGCCAAGCUCACACAUCAGACCACUGUGGAGCUGCUGAAGCGCAGAGGAGACACUUUUCAUAGGACUGCGGCUGCUCAUCGAAAGUCAUUGCGUGACAUCCAGAAAAAGGUCAGCAGCCUCAGCCUGAGCAAGAUCAACCAGAAGAUCUGUGGUGCUUCUGGAGAAGAGGGCUGUGAACAAGCCCCCUGUGGAGGGGCCUCCUGUAGGGACAGCUUAGGCCAACGGCGUUGCGGAGGCCCUGGCUGCACUGGAGCACUACCUGUGUCCAUGAAGGCACUCUAUACAGCCCAGAACAUCUCUCGCCAGCUUGAGAGCACCACAAGGCACCUGGGUGCCAUUGCUAGCAAGGUGCAAGAAAUCCAAGACCUAGCACAGAAUGCCAGGCGCCAUGCCCAGGGCACUCUGGACCGUGCUCAGGGAGCCCGGAGCCAUGUGGAAAAGUCAACAGCCAAACUGCGGGAGUUUAUCCAGAGGAUAAAGGACUUCCUAGCAGAGGAAGGUGCUGAUCCUGAGAGCAUUGAACUUGUGGCCCAGCAGGUCCUGAAUAUCUCCUUGCCCAGCAGCCCCAAUCAGAUCAGCAGCCUGAUUAAGGAGAUCCGGGAUAGAAUCAGCCAACUGGAUGGAGUGGACAUUAUCCUGAACAGUACAGUGCACAACCUGACCCGUGCCAGGGAACUACUGGCAGAAGCAAAACAAGCCAAAGAGAGAGCAGAGGGUGUUCAGGAAACCAUCAAAGAAACACGUGUGGCACUAGACAGCACACAGGACAACGUGAGGGCAGCAGAGCAAGCAAUGAAGAGCACUAAGGAAGCCAUCCAGAGUGUGGAGGGCAGAGUCAGACUGGCGGAGAGCCAGCUCCAAAGACUGGUCAACAAGGAGUCACAAUUGGAAAGCCAUCUUGGAGACCUGGCACAGCAUGUGGCCACUUUACGGAAGAAGUCCCAGGAAAAUCAGAAGCUUGCCCAGGAUGCCAAGGGAAAAGCUGAGCGUGCUACCACUGCUGCUGGCAGACUGGAAAAUGAGGUGGAGAAAGUGAUGAAGAGAUACCAGAAGUUGCAGGAUGAACUGGGAAAACAGCCUCCAGAUGUAUUGCUCAAGCUGAAAAGUCUGAGGACAGAAGCCCAGAAUCUCCUAGACAAGGCCAAUGGUAGCAAGAGAAAGCUGGAAGAGUUGGAGGGGCGCUUCGAGACCAAUGAAAAAGAAAUGAAACAGAAAGCAACAAAGCUGCAGAAGCUGGAGGGACAAGUGACUGAACUGCUGCAGUAUAUCCGGGACAAAGCCACUGCCUAUGCUACCUGCUAGGGCCUGAUUCCUGCCAGCUCUGGACUCUACCAUGAUGAGAGGGCCUAUCGUACAUGUCAUUGUCUGGCUCCUGGUUCUGAGGCUGUAGCUGUAAAUUCAGGGCCUCAAAGUAACUCAGUUCAUUUAAUCUUCACUUAGUUGUAUCAGUUAGGCCUGCCUGGAAUCAGGCACAUCAGGGUGAUCUUAAUGUCAAUAUCUCAUAAGCAUGCAGUUAGGUUGUGGUGCAGUUAGGUAAUUUAAAACUCUAGGGUUAAUGGGGAAGGGUUGUACCUCAGUGGUAGAGUAUCUACUUUGCAUGCAGAAGGUUCCAGAUUCACAGUCCCAAGCAUCUCCAGGUAAUCCUGAAGUAAAAUGUAAAUAUACUGCCUUCAAGGCAAUUCCGACUUAGUGUUUUCAUGGUAAGUGGUGGUUUUACCAUUGCCUUCCUCUGAGACUGAGAGGCAGUGACUGGCCCAAGGUCACCCAGUGAGCUUUAUGGCUGUGUGGGGAUUAGAACCCUGGUCUCCCAGGUCGAAGCCCAACACUCUAACCACUAUGCCACACUGAAGAGCUGCUGCCAAUUAAUGUAGACAAUGCUAGAUGAACCAAAGGUCUAAGUCGAUAUAAGGCAGCUUCCUUUAAUCCUAUGUAAUCAUCUCAAGAGACCCCUCUCUUUAGAUGGUAAUGUAUAUUGCCUGAAUUGUAAAGAUGACCUUCUUAAGAUCCCUUCCAAGUCUAUGAUUUUGCGUCAAAUUGUGAUAAACAAAACCUGCUGCAUUUGGGGGCUUUCCUCCUCAUUUUACUGAGUAUGUCUUUCUAGACUUCUAAAGUCAAGCCCUGAUGUUCUGCCCCAGAACUGAAAAAACUAGGCCUGUCCUUAAAGGUGUCUGGAUUAUGUCCACCCCAGCUCAAUUCUCUUUCCCUUCCACAGGCUCUUUUGCUGUUGUCAUGGAAAUGAAGCACUUCCUGAAGUACCCGGGUGCUUCAGCCUGCAACCUCAGUCUACAAAAGUACUGAAUGGCUGCUAAGGAUAGAAGGAUUUGUCAGUGUUGGUUCUCUCAGAUUCUCAUUUUUCUAAUCUUAAAUUCACUUUGCCAUGUUUCUGCUGCAAUUUGCAUUUUUAAAAAGAAAUUCUUUAGCAUUUUAGUGUGAAUUGCUUCUAAGAAACACAUUUUUGUCUGCAGUUUUGACUAAUUUUUGCAAGCAUGUUUGUUAUUUUCACUAAUAUAUUCAUUUUAUACACAUUUUCCCCUAAUAUAUGCAUUUUUGUAAAUGUUGUUUAGAGAACUGCCUCACAAAAUUUGGAUAACUGCAAAUCUUGAAGGAUGGUUGUGUUUCAGUUCUCAUAUUGUUUUGUUGUUAUGUGCCUUCAAGUCGACUACGACUUAUGGCGACCCUGUGGAUCAGCAAUCUCCAACAGCAUCUGUCAUGCAAAUUUGAUACAUUUGGCUUUAAAUGAUGAGCUGAAUUUAAUUUUUUCUCCAUCCCUAGUGGCUGCUAUGCAAACAGAAUUCUACCUGUUGAUCAAGGGUUGUGACUGCUUGUGACUUUCAGUGGCCUCCUGUUCUCCUUUCCUAUCUCUUUACCCCCAGAAAAGAAAGAUGUUUAGUCCUGGAUUCUUCUCUUUAGGUCUGAGGUCCCACAACUGCCCUUAUUCUUGUUAAUUGAUGAAGACACACAAACCACUUCCCCAUCAAACCAAAAAUAGUCAGUGAGGUUCUAGUCAAAAAAGGAUGACAUAAAUAAACGAAAGGUGUGUCUGUCAAUGGCUCUUAGUCACCCUUUUCUCCCAAGUUAGAGUAUAUUGCCUCCCCCCUCCCAAGUUAAUUUGACAACUGAGACAAAAAAAAAAUCCACAAGCACAUCUUCCACCUUGGAAGUAAAAAUACAUUAACAAUAAAUUAACGAGUUAGCACCCCAAAUCAACUGCCUGAGACACGUCUGCCUAACAUUAGGGCCCUCUGUGAUUCUUUCCGCUUGAAAUGCUCCUCUCAUCCCAUUGAUCCAGUGAAUAUAUGGGUACUGCACAUGAGGAAAAAUGCCAAUGCCCACUCAUACACCCCCCCUCCUGACCAACACCUUGUAGAGUGGAGCAUUUAGCUUCCCUUCAUUGUAAAAUAAAGCCCUUGACCCUCCUGAUUUUCCGAUGUGUGUUUGCAUCUCUGUGCCUCUUGAAGGGGAGAAAAUGGUUUUAGGGAUUAAGGAAUUCUCAUGCCCCCAGAACAUUAAUAACAAAGGACAAUAACAGCUAUACCUUUUGGUCCAAUUAAAGUGAGUCCCAGUUUCUGUGUCCUAGAACUACCUAGCUUGAAAGGUGCUCCUAUGCUUUAAUAGUGGCAUAUGUGGAUACUGUCUACACUGAUACGAGAAUCAAUAUCAUACUUCACACUACUUAUCAUAGUCAGGGAAUGAAGGUGGCUGAAUAGUAGAAGCCAUAUGAGGUUUGGGGAUAGAAAAACCCCCACACAAUCUAUUUCCAAGUGUCUAGCUGCUAGCAGAAAGAGGAAAACAAUGUGCUGUGUGUGUCCACUUAUGACAGUUCCUUCUACAAAGAGGCUCUAAAGCUGGGAGGGAAGGAAGAAAGAAGAAAAGGGUAUGAUAUCCUCCACACUUCUUUCUUACCAGCACAAGUGUCAUCUGUUUGCAAGAGCAUGAUGGGUGGGGUGACUAGUGGUGACACACUCAGACAUCUAUCUGUGCACAUUUGUGUACUGUCCUAAAUUUUAUUUGGAACACCUUGUCUUUGUCAAAGCAUUGCAACAUGAACUGGGCAGACAUCCAGAAAUGUUCUGCAUCAUGUAGACACUGCCAGUAAAAAACUGCUUUUAUCAACUAUCAACUCAACACUAUUAUGAUCAAUAAUUUCCAGAUGCAAUUUGAUAGACGGAUAGCAAAGUACUGAAUUCCUGUUUUCCAGAUGAGAACCAGCUAUAGUGCCUUCCACAUAUAAUUAUGGCAAAAUGGAGAACCAAUCUACUCAAAUGGCACUUUAAUGCCUUUUUCCAUGCACGUAGGCAAACAAGGCAUGUGUGGAAUUACCCUGGGAGUGACUUGUCCAAGAUCACACAAUAAGGGCAUGGCAAAUGUAGUACUGGUGCCCGUGUCUCCCUAGCUUUGUGCCCAGCAGCCUCUCAGCACUGCAGUUUAUAUAUUCUAUGGCUUUAUGAUGUCUGGGAAUGACUUUUCUAAAAUGGCAAAGCAUCUUGUGUCACUUUAAAGACUACUAAAUAUAUUAUGGCAGAAGCUUUUCUAGACCAUAGUUCACUUCAGCUGAUGCAUCAAGUAUAAUCUUAAAUGGGCAGGCGUGGGGGUGGGAAGAGGGGUAUUCAAAAGUAUAUAUAUGUUUGCCAAUUCAAGCUUCACCUCAUGCAUCUAAUGAAGGGGGACUGUUGCCCCCAAAAGCUUGUGCCACAAUAAAGCAUUAGUAUUCAAGGUGUCGCAAGGCUCCUUGUUGUUUUUGUUACAACAGACCAGCACAGCUAACCUUCUGGAAAUGAUUAAAAUGAGUCAGCACUUACAAACAGGAGCAUUUUUUGGCCACUCUAGAAUGCUUGGGCAUUUGAUCAUGCUGUGUAUUAUAUGAGGACAGCCUUUUGACCUGGGUGGGGAUCUUUGGCUUCCUGCCCCUCCCACUAGUGAAGCAUCAUUAUAACGGGUAUCUGAGCAGCUUGAUCAUUUUUCUCUCUUUUUUCCUGCAGCCACAGAGAAGGUUUUCUCUGACUCCCUCUGCCAGGGGAUUGAUGGUUUGAUGAGGGGUCUCAAAAGGAGCCUGCUCCCACAUAAAGAAAGAAAACAGGUCGAGGGGGUAACAGCAGCACAGAAUGCAGAGCGGUGUGUCGGGCUGUCUCUGCAUGGAGGGGAGCAAGCUAGGAAAGGCACAUUCCAGCCCAGAUACAGGGCCAGCCCACUCUGUACAUAAGAAAAGCUGGAGCAUGCUCAGUCCUCAGCAGGAAUGGGAGCCUGUGUCCACCCACUACACCGAGAGACGAAAGGCACUGAUACGACGCUGGCAAACCAAAAUGUCAAAAACAAAACACUGGCCGUCCGCUCAUCUAAUUUUAUGCAUGUUAGAAUAAAUUUUAAUAGUCAUUAUUUUACCAUGGAGCAAUUAUGUAAUGCUGGACUAGUGAUCCCUGAGUCUUAGCAGAGACAACAAAACAGUGAGCUCAAAUGCCAACACUUUUUUCUGUGUUUUUAAAAUACCAAGAAAUAGUUUUGAAGGAACUUUGCAGUGUAGAGAGAAUGUGGCAAUCCACUUCUGGGUUCCAGAACCCUAAAGGUUUGGU